AUGGGGCGAAAAGCACGCCAGGGCAUUCCUGACGACUUGGUUAUCGAGAUCCGAGAUGCAGCGCCGGACGUUGACAGCUUGGAUAGUGCUAGCAGUACCGACAGCGUCGAUAGUGUCAGCAGUAUGAGCAGUGUCGGCAGCAUUGAUAGCCCAAACAAUGCCGAAGGGACCAACAGCACGACAGCGUCACUGUUGACCCCUAUUCCAUCUGCCACCGCCACGAAUGAUACCUUGACCAAUAAGGCCAAACAGUCCGACUCUGGUCAAGUCGGUGUGCAUAUUGCCCUUCCCGUCGUGUUGUCUGUCGGCGUGACGGGUGCCCUGCUCUUCUUCCUGUGGCGAUGGUACAAGAGGUGCCACCCCGACAAGAGCAGCGGUAUCGACCAGGCUACUCUCGCCGGAGGCGCUGCUCCCAUGGGACAACAUGACCAGACACGCUUCCGCAGCGACGAAAGCGUCAUGGCCGAUCUCAUGGACGCUGCAUAUGCCGCUGAGAAUGGCGGCUUGCGGAAUAGCCAGAUGACCAGGCCCAGGCCCAAUGGGGUUUUCGCAGACGAAAAGAUGACGGCCAGACAUCAGAUACGCCAGAUGGACGGCCCGCAGGCAUCACUCUCGCCCAGGACCCGUGGGCCUGUAUUCAGCUGGUUGGGUGGCGUGCGAUCAGGGGCCCCGACAGUUCGAGGCAGUGUGGCCGUGCCGCAAAGUGUUGUCUCGUCCGACCGGUCUACCAUUGCGGCCUGGCCUCGCAAUCUGGAACCGACGAACUACCCAAUCAGAUAUAUGGAGCAAGAGAGAAUACGGCCCUCCUCGCCAGCCCAGACGGCCAUCACACAAAAUGCGAGUGCCCAUACCGAAAGCAGUUGGAACACUUGGGGCGUCGAGCAGUAUAGACCAUCUGAGAAGAAAAAAGGGCUCCUGGGAAGGCUGAAGGCAGGCCUGACUGGCUCACUGUGA